CCAGUUCCUCACCGUCGUUCACCCGACGCCGCACGUCAUCUACCUGACGCGCCACGGCCAGUCCACGUACAAUCAGCUCGGCAAGAUCGGCGGCAACUCGCCCCUCUCGCCCGCCGGCGAGGAGUACGCGCGCCGGCUCGGAGCGUGGGUGAUGCCGUACGUGUGCUACCAGCAGGCUGCCGGCCUCGACUCGCUCACAAAGACGCGCCUGUGGACCUCCUCGCUCCAGCGCACCAUCCUCACCGCCCAGCACAUCCCACACCCGAUCAUCAGCGAGGAGGACCUCGGCACUCCGUCCGUGCCGCCCGAACCCGACGCCGACGAUGCCCUCGCCAACGGCGCCGCCCUCGCCGACCCGCGGCAGCUCGCCGGCCGCAGCAGCGGCUUGCGCGGGACCCCGCCGCGCGCGAACGGGCUCCGAGAGCGGCUGCGCUCGGGCGGCCUCUCCGGCGUCGUCGGCGGCGUCGCGCUCGGAGGGAUCGACUUGGACUCGGACCGCGGCGGCGGCGGCGACCGCGACCGCGUGUGGCAGCAGAUGGCGCCGCGCGUGUACCGCAACCUCGACGAGAUCUUCGCGGGCGAGUGCGAGGGGAUGACGUACGAGGAGAUCCAGCACAGCUUCCCGUCCGAGGCGAAGAUGCGCGCCACCGACAAGAUCGGCUUCCGCUACCCGCGCGGCGAGUCGUACCUCGACAUCCUCGCGCGGCUCGACCCGCUCGUGCACGAGCUCGAGUCGUACCACGAGCCGCUGGUCAUCGUCUCGCACCAGGCCGUGCUGCGGCUGCUUUACUGCUACCUGACCGGGCGGACGCGGGCGCAGGCGCCCAAGCUGUCGAUGCCGCUGCACACGGUCAUCCGAAUCACCUACGACGGCUGGACGCCGCCCACUGAGGAGCGCUUCUACCUCGGGCCGGAGUGCUCACAGACGGACGGGCAGACGCACCUCUGA